UUCCUAUUUAUGUAUUCGUAUAUAUUUAAGCUUAGAACAAAUUUUGUAAAAGCUUACUGGAACAAAUUAUAGCAAUAUUACGUUUUGAUUUUGCAACAAAAACACUACAUUUAGAUACAUCAUGGAUAUUCGCGGUUCCAUCAUCCUAAUUGUUAGGGUUUGGUGCGUAGGGUACGUCGUUAAAGAAGGCUCAGUGACACAAUCAACUUCUUCAACUCUGACUCUUCCCGGAAUUGAAACCGGAAGUCAAACUGUGGUGCAACCUACCGAGUGCGCGAAAACAUCGCACUGGAGUAGCUGGAUAAACAGGGACAAGCCUGAAACCGGAACUGGCGACACAGAGGAAAUGACAAGAGAGGAGAAGAUAAAAUUCUGCCCUACCGGCAACAUAGUGACCGCAGAAUGCCAAAGCUCUGACGGAACACCUUACUACGAUACCAUGGACAUAGUGGAUUGUAAUCCAGUAACUGGGGUGACAUGUGACAAUGAUGUGAACAUGGGUCAAUGCGCCGACUACAUGAUCCGUUACCAGUGCGGGCAGACGACAUGCGGGGUACCAGCCAUUGCUUCCGCUGCCACCCCUCCUGGAACUACACCAGAACUAAGCUCAACCACUUUAGUGAUGAACAGCAAUAAGGGAUCCACGGGAACAUAUGCGGUCACAUGGCUAACCGGUCAUACGACAUUCACAUUUUCUCUGCCUGUAUGUCAAAAUAUCACUGCACAGCCGCCUGCAAUUUGCGAGACAGUUAGUCGCUGGUCCAUGUGGAUUGAUAGGCUGCACCCUACAGUAAAUACCGACGAGCAUGAGUUCAUGACUAGAGAGGAUAUCAUGCGAUUCUGUGCAUGUGGUGUAAUUAGCAAAGUCGAAUGUCAGACGACGACCGGUCAGUCACUGGCCCAGUCUCCUGAGUUCGUGACGUGCUCCAAAGACAACGGUCUGGUGUGCAGUUUCUUGGAGAAUUUCCCGAUGGGCUGUCAGGAUUACAGAUUACGAUACGAAUGCCAGGAGCAGGUAUGUCAGACUCCGACUGCACACCCCCAGACAAGACCCGGCGGCUCUAUUUCUCCGACUGCUAAUCCUCCGACAGGAUCUAGCGGUGCAUCAACUGCUCAUCCAACCACUUUCCAUGAAGGUUUGCCUUCCGUUUUAUUAAAUACAGCUUCCGUAGGCGUUCCGACCGCCUCGUCGUCUACAAAACCUACAGCUCAACCACCAUCAGCAAUACACACUCAAACAGAAACCGGGCCAGGACAGUCGCAUACCAGCACACGGCCUCUCAGUAGCAUGCAGUUCGGGCUUGCAGCUUCCGGUGUCGCAGUUCUGGCGCUCUUUGCACUGAUUAUGAUGGUCGCUCUCUUCAAGAAGUAUCGUAAGAACAAAGUCGCUGCACGCAACGGAACUGAGGAGAUUCUUUGA